UUUUAAAGAAAAUAACAAAUAUCAAUUCGUUUAUGAUGCUGUAUACUAGGAUACUCCAUGGAAUUGUAUUUAUGCAUAUUAAAGAUUAUUGAAGAACUUUAGCGCCCCUAUAAAAUCCCGGAAGUCAGGAAGUACUUUUAUGUCGUAAAACUUUUCGGUAAACGUAGCCAUUUUUCAAAAAUUCUAAAAACUUUAUGAAAGUUUACCCCUUUCUGUUCAAAACUGUACUUUCGAGAUGGACGAACCUAUGGAGGAGGAAGUCUGUGAUUCGUCAGGCAAUGUUGCUUCUAAGGAGGAGAAAAGGCCGAAAUCCAGUAGUAUUUUGAGGCCAGGAAGUAUGGUAAUGAUGACGAUCACAACAGAAGAUUAUGAACAGCAGUACUGGCCAAAACUAGAAGGUGCCAUCAACCACCUCCUGACAAUGACGCCUGGAGACUAUAUUCCAAUAUCAUAUGAACAAAUGUAUAGUUGUGUAUAUAAAUGUGUAUGCAAGCAGUUCUCAGAGAGACUGUAUAAAGACCUGCUAGAGCAAAUAUCCAAUCACUUAGAAGACCUCUGUGUGCAGUUACAAAAAAGAUAUUAUGAACUUGAUUCUAAAGAAUAUGUAGAAAAAUUCAACUUCUCCAUGAACCAGUAUCUACAAGCAAUGGCGGGCAUAGCAACUAUAUUUAUUUACAUGAAUCGUUUUUACAUAGAGAGUAAACUAAAAACAGAUUUACAGUUAGAACUGAAAAAAUUAUUUGUGACUUGUGUUGCAGAAAAACAUAUAAACAAUUUAAUACCGAUACUAGCUGAUGCCAAUACUAAACCAUUCUCUGUGUCGCCCCCUGUCAUGAGCAGUAUCAUAAAGAAUCUACAUGCACUUAAACCUGAUUUCUCUGCUCACCACCCACAGUUGUUCGCAAAGUAUAUUCCAAAUAUUCUGCCACCAUCCACUCCUGACGAUAUACAACACUACAUAGAUGAGACCGCACAGAUGCAGCGAGAUCUUAAAACACACCCCCUAUAUACAAGUGGAGAUCAGAGUCGGAAAAGGCCUACAGAGGAUGAUGUCCAAAGUAAGUUUGUAUAAUCAGGCACCGUAUGCUAAUUUGGCACACUUGCAAAGAAAGCACAGAGUGAAAAAUCAUAAAAUUACUGCACACAGGGGCAGAAUAAGAUAAAUUUAAUAAAAGUACUUAUUUUCUAGACAAUUUUGCUUAGUUGGAGGAAAAAUCUGGACUUUUGCCUGGCUGAAUGCAUAUUUGCGAUGAAAUAGUUUGAAAAGAAUUGAGUAAUAUUUUUAGCUUGCUAUAGUUUGAAUACUUAGCAUUUACAAAUGUUCUUUUUAUUAUUAAUUGAGGUAUUAUUAACCUGAAUGUCUCCUUAUAAGAAUACGGCAUAAGAUGUCUAAGAAAAAUUGUUUCUAUUUGUAGAACCUGCCCAACUUAGCUUUCUUCCAAAGCCUCCAAACUCAUGAGGUCUCAUUCAACUUGGACAUUGAAGUCAGUUAAUAUCAACAUAAGUUUUGUAUGCAUCAGCAAAAAGAAUAUGCAUCAGCAAAAAUGUGGGAUACAUUAUUAGGUAUGCAUUAGUAUCAACUAUCAUAUCAUAUGAAUUAAUAAAUAUGAAAUGCGUAUCAGCAGAAAUCUGGUGCUAAACAUGAACAAUACCACUAAAUGCAUUCAUAGAAUGAACUGUGUGUAUCAGUUGAAUACUCUGGGCAUCAUUACAAUAUUCUAUGAGUCAACAGAAUUAUCAGAGGCACUAGCAGGAGCACCCAUCUGCGUAAAAUUGAAUAUAUUGAUAGAAAUAUUGAAGAAACAGAACAGAUAAAUAGUAUUAUGUAAAAUCUGUAUUCAUGAACCAAUACAGAUUUUUGUAUGAGUAUUGUAAGGUGUUAGAUUGCAACUGACAUUCUGUGCAAUCAUGUUAAAGGGUGACGCAUAUCGUUUGUUAUAUAGCAUUAGUAUAUUAUAGAUCGUCACACAUUUAUAAAAGGAAGAUUUUUAAUAUGGCAAAUCAAUUUCACAUUUAUGGGUGAAGUUUCAGGAUCUUCUAUUUGUGUAUAAUAAGGAAGAAUUGACAUCU